AUGGCCCCCAAUCUAGAGACCAUCCCAGAAGAGAUCUUCCUGCGUAUAAUAGAAGAAGCUGCCAGUCCCUUAUACGCUGAUACGAGCUAUUAUCGUCAGCGAUGGCUUAAGCUCAAGCAGUAUUUGACCGUUUCCCGACGAUGGCAGCGUACGAUCGAGCGCUUUAGUUUCAACUGGCUCAGUGUUGAUAAUACUAAUAUCUCUACCUUCGCGGCUCUCUUCCGAGAAACGGAGGCACACCGCAAGGCUUAUGUUAAGCGGCUCGGUCUAGCGGUUGUACUACCAGAGUAUGAUGGGGAAGACUAUCAGCGUCAUAAAGAAGUUCAUAACGAACUGUUCUCAGAUUUUUUCCUCAAGCUAUUUCAGGUCCUCGAAACAUUUAAUGACGACGAAGACGUUAAGAGAAGUGUCAGAAGGGGAGAGGGGAUGGAGUUGACGAUGGAAGACAUAUACUCGCCGAGUGAUGAUUUCGAUGCGGACCAUCGCUACAAAAUUUACGGAACUCACAUCCAACUGCUAAAUUUCGAAAAGCUCCCUACCCUGUCGUGCGUUUCCAUGUUUUUCUCUGGCGUCAGUAGUUACUCACGUAAAAUUUAUCCUGUGUCGAGCAUCCUUAUUGCUGCCAAACUCAAAGGUGUGAAGACCGCCAUCAUUCAAUACGAAGACGAUCCGGCGUAUAUUAGCGAUGAAACCCGAGAAAUUAUGCGCCCUGCCUUUACUCGUGCCCUUUCUGAAUACACCCAUCCCUUGGAGACAUUGUGGAUUCGAAUGCAUCUUGCUUACCCAUCAGACGAAGCAAUUCCUCCGCCAAACUAUGUCCCAUCUUCUACGGGUGUAGACCCGACGAACCUUGCCCUGCAUGACUUAAUCCAGCGAACGAAACUCUCAUUCUUCACAAUUGACAGCUCUCAUAUUCUCUCGCCUGAGCUUUUCUGGCCUUACGGUGACUCAGAAACCGCCCCCACACCGUUUUGGCAAAACCUGAAGACUUUAUUUACCGGAGCAUCGUCAGCUACUCCCGAUGGAGACUGGUACUUCGUAGCUGAUACAAGUAUUGCCUCUUAUUCAGAAUUUAUUGGAGUUGGUAACGAUAGCGAAGACUCCAACGAGCCGCAUGACAAUAGAAUUCAGUACACUGUGAACAGAUUUCGAACUAUACCAAACUCUGAUAGAAUGAAUCCCCUUCUGUUAGCUAUGGCACGCGCUGUCCGUCAUGCACCUUCCCUUGAAAAGGUUGAUCUGUGCUUUAGCGUCGGCUCGACAUCCUCUAAAUACGUCAAGAUGGACAAGGUACGUCGGGUUUUUGACAUUUAUUAUCGCGCUCGUGGUACAGAUGGCCCAUGCCGUCAGGAUCCCAAAUCAAUGGAGAAGAACACCCUGAUAUGCGAAGUCAAAGACUGGCGCCCCAGUAAGGAAGUUGAGAACUAUUGGAAAGAUGUUUUAGGCCCGGAUGGAGUUAUAGUGUACCGAUGA